UUCAUUUUUCUGUUUCGCCUUUUGGUUCUUUUUAGUUUGGCUCGCCUUGCUGUUUUCAAGUUUAUAUCUUUUCGUUUUUACUUUUUAUUUUCAAGGUUUAUAAAGUGUAUGAUUUCUCGACGCUGUCAUGUCGGAGACGGCGCCGCGAGCCGCGGGAUCGCACGGAGGAUGGAAGAAGCUGCUGGUCAGCGGAGACAAGAGCGAUGUGCAGUUCGCCGUCGGACGGCAGCGGGGCGAGGUGAGGAUCUUCUCCGCUCACAAGUUGCUGCUGAGCGUCCACAGCGACGUCUUCGAGCGCAUGCUGUACGGCGAUCUGCGCGAAAACACGGCGCAACCGAUUGAUAUCCCGGAAAUCCUGCCGUCGACGUUUGCCAGUAUGCUGAGUUUUGUGUACACGGGCACGGUGGAAGCCGUGGAGGGCCUGCCCGAGCCCUGUUCGUUGUCGGGCGUGGACAGCGUGUUCGAGGUGCUGUACUGCGCCGACAAGUACAAUCUGCCGCGGUUGACGGAGCUGGCGCUGCGCACCGUCUUCCGCCAGAUUAACCAGCAAAACUGCCUCGAUUAUCUGGAUAAUGCGCAGCGCUGGCCGCUGGAGAGUUGUACGCGAAUCGCGGAUGAUUGUCUGGACUGCUUAAACAUCUGCAGCGACACGGUGCUGCCGUCGCAGCGCUUCUGCGGCGUGUCGCGGGAAACCCUGCUGUGUAUUCUGCAGAGCCGCCUCUUGCAAGCGGACGAGAACGCCAUUUACACGGCCGUUAAGAGAUGGGCGGAAGCGGCGUGCCUGCGUGACGGCCUGGAUCCGUCACCAAGCAACCUGCGCGAGAUGCUGGGCCCGGCGCUCUUCCACAUCCGCUUUCCCCUCAUGACCGACGCGCAGCUGGCUGAUGGACCCGUUAAGAGUGGUUUGCUGCUGGACAGCGAAGUGGUGGCGCUGUACCAGUACAAGCACGCCGCCGUGCGCCCACCGCUGCCCUUCCCGGUGGAAUCGCGCGGCCGGCGCAAGCGAGGACCCCCGGCGGAAUCCCCCGGCGGCGGCGCCCCGUUGCGGGUGCCGAAGAUCCGCCUCAUUGACCCCGCUGUUUUGUAGCCGCUCUUCACGCCGAAUGAAUUUCCACUCGCCUCGAUGCAAUGGAUUUCACAAUUAUCGGCAGAGGGAAGACUUGCUGUAUCGAGAGCGUCCAAGGAUUAUUUGGUGCCUACUCUUGCCAGUGUAUAGUGGUGCGACUGGAUAAAGAAUGCUUCGGUUAGCGUUUUACCGCAGAUAGGCGCUCCGGCAUCCAGAUCCGGUGCUGAUGAGUUACUGUGUGCAUUGGAUGUGUUUCUGCUGUAACUGUACUUUGAUUGUUGAUGUUAUUUACUAUUCAAGUUUUCAACCGCUUGUCGAGUGUCUGGUUUCCACUUUUGUGGUCCUACAGUGUAGUCUGGUUAAUUCCGAUGACGGACAUGACUCUAGUCUAAAUGGCCGAUGAUCUUUGAUGCAAGAAUCCAAAGUAAAUGCUUGGUUUUAA